GCUCGCUCCCGCGGCCCAGCCGGCGCGUCUCCGCGCGUCACGUCACGUCACGUCACGGCGCUGACCGGGGUCAGAGGGCGAGGCCGGAGGCGGAAACGGCAAGAUGGCGGCGGCCGCGUACGAGAGCUUGAAGCUGCACACAACUCCAGAAAAAUUCUACUUUGAGGCUUGUGAUGAUGGAUCCAAUGAUGUUCUCACAAUCGACCGGGUCUCUAAUGAAAUUACCCUUGGAGUUAAGAAAGAUGUCCCACCCUCUGCAGUUACCAGACCAGUCUAUGGAAUCAUGGGAACAAUUCGCCUGGUGGCAGGCAUGUACCUUAUUGUCAUUACCAAAAAACAGAAAGUAGGAGAGUUGUUCAGUCAUUCUGUCUGGAAAGCAACAGAAUUCAAUGUCAUUUCCUACAAGAAGACAGUGUUGCACCUUACUGAGAUGCAGAUGCUGGAUAAUAAGACUUUCUUGGCAAUGCUUAACAAUGUGCUUAAUACUGAUGGAUUUUACUUCUCUACAACUUAUGACCUGACUCAUACUUUGCAACGCUUGGCCAACACCAGUCCAGAGUUUCAAGAGAUGACUCUACUGGAAAGGGCAGAUCAGCGCUUCGUAUGGAAUGGGUACCUCCUGCGGGAAUUUGCUGCACAGCCAGAGCUUCACAGGUUUGCUGUGCCAGUGAUUCAUGGUUUCGUUACUGUGAAAUGUUGUAGUAUAAAUGGAAAAUACUUUGACUGGACAAUUCUCUCUAGAAGGAGUUGUUUCAGGGCUGGAGUUCGAUAUUAUGUUAGAGGUAUUGACUCUGAGGGGCAUGCUGCAAACUUUGUGGAGACGGAACAAAUCGUUCAGUACAAUGGUUAUAAAGUAUCAUUUGUACAAACACGAGGGUCGAUCCCCUUCUUCUGGUCACAGAGGCCAAACUUGAGGUACAAACCAAAGCCACAGAUCAGUAAAUCCAUGAACCAUGAAUGUUUGUCUAACAUUGCAGUACUUGGGCAGCAAAUUGCGCUCCAUGCGAUGGAUGGCUUUCAAAGGCAUUUUGAUUCCCAACUUAUUAGCUAUGGGAAGCAAGUGAUAAUUAAUUUGGUUGACCAGAAAGGUCCUGAAAAAUCUCUUGAACAGGUUUUUUCCAAAAUGGCAGCAAGCCUAGGGAAUGGCAUGGUUAAAUACUGUGCAUUUGAUUUCCACAAAGAAUGCAGCCACAUGAGAUGGGAUCGGCUUCAGAUCCUUUUGGAUCGGGUGGCAGAUCAACAGGAUGAAUUUGGUUAUUUCUUGGUGGAUUCUGAUGGGAAGAUGCUCUUGCAGCAGGAUGGAACUUUCAGGACCAAUUGCAUUGACUGCUUGGAUCGAACGAAUGUGGUGCAAAGUUUGAUAGCACGUCGUUCUCUUCAGUCACAACUUCAGAGGCUUGGUGUUCUUCAUGUUGGCCAAAGAAUUGAUGAGCAAGCAGAAUUUGAAAAGGUUUACAAAAAUGCAUGGGCAGAUAAUGCGAAUGCAUGUGCCAAACAGUAUGCUGGAACUGGGGCCUUAAAGACCGACUUUACAAGGACAGGGAAAAGAACUAAAUGGGGUCUUGUCAUGGACGGAUGGAACUCAAUGAUCAGAUAUUACAAGAAUAAUUUCUCUGAUGGAUUUAGACAGGAUUCAAUAGAUCUGUUUCUUGGAAACUAUGUGGUGGAUGAGGCAGAUACUUUGGCAUUUUUACAUGACCAGAAAGAGUGGAGGUUCCUAGCGCUGCCUAUAAUCAUGAUUGUGGCUUUCUCGAUGUGCAUCAUCUGCCUACUUAUGGCAGGUGACACCUGGACAGAGACCUUGGCUUACGUGCUCUUCUGGGGAAGUGCUAGCUUUGGGACUGCUGCUAUCAUCCUCUUCAAUGGCAAAGAGUUUGUCGAUGCACCGAAGCUGGUUCAGAAAGAGAAGAUGGACUGAAUGUGUACCUGUGGAAAGCAGCUUAGCCGUCAAGAUUCUGUGCAAAUGUGGAGGAUCUUCUGACCUGCUUUCCACGCACCAGGCCCUGCAUGGUGGAUUUUAAAUAAAACGAUUGACUGGAACCAAUGGUCACGAUCUGCAGUCGAGUCGGAUCAUUCAGCCUUAACUGUUAUAAACUUAUUCUUCCUUUUGGCAUUCUGAACAAUUAUCAGAAACCACACUAAAAAAUUCCAGUAAUUGUGAUCUUCCUGCCCUGGCAUCUAAACAAAAAAAGCAGCUCUGGUGUUUCAUACAGGGUAUAAGUUCAAAUGCAAUGACCCUCUGAUCUCUUUUCUUUCUUCCAUACAGCUUGUUUGCAUAUAUCAUGAACCAAUAGUGGAGCAAUAACAUAUCUGCAGAAAUAAGUUGUUGCUUCCAGACUUGAAGUCGAUUAAUUCAAUGUUUUGUAUAAAGUUUGGAUAUCACCUUGGCGAAUAACUUCCUUUUGAUCAGUUCAAAGCUGCUGCUUCCCAACAUUGAGCAAAUAUCUAUCUGCAACAAGUGACUUUUAUCCAAGGGGCUGUAAUUUAUAUGCAAAGUUGUACAGCAAACUUUAGAUGACUAUGGAAUUUAUAUUAUGUUACAGAAUCAACUGUAUCUUUAGUUGUCUGUUAUUGCUGUUUUCUUUUCCUUAAUUGCAAUAUACUUGCAUCAUAGUUGAAUGUUUGAAUCUGCUCUCCAAUGAAAAAGAAAAUUUAGCUAGGUAGAAGAAACCCUUUAUAUGCAUUUACUUUAUCACUUCCUACUUAAUGAACGACAAUAAUAUUUAAAUAUUUAAGAAACUGAUGAAUUAUUCAUAAUGAAAUGGUUUAUGUUGCCACUGCUAUCAGAAAAAUAAUGCAGUCAGAUUCACCUUUCCCCCUCAGACAGUGCCUAGUUUCUGUUCAUGUCAUUUUUAACACUCUUAAAUACAUGUGUGAACUGUUAAAGCUAAGAACUAUUUUUACUGUGCAUCUUUAUUGUAGAUGUACAAAACACAUCUGAAGCUGCAGUGGAACAGCCAAUCUGCAAAACGCCUUCAAAUUGUUGUGCAAUCAUUGAGGUAGAUGAUGAUUCAGUCAGUGUAUUUUGCAAGUUGAAAGCAGGUAUUGACUUUUAAGAACUGAAUUAUCAAAUUGGUGUAAGAAAUUGGGUCAAUCAUUCACAUAACUCACCCUGUCCCCUUGUAGUUUUAUGGGUGAGCAGGGAUGGUAUAUUGCUAUUUAUAUAAGUGUAACUCUACUUAGUUUUCUAAUCAUUUUCCAUUCCGUUGCUUCUCCACUCUGUGUUAUGUUUGUGUUCCUUUCAGAGUAAUGAAUAAAGACUAAAUAAGAGUUAA